AUGCCUGAACUUCGAACCCGAAGAAACCGGGCAACGUUCCAUGACCCAAACCCGAACCCGAACACCCAGAACCGCCAGAGGAGAACUCGAAGAACCACUCUCAACUCCGGCAGGAACAAUCGCAACACGCUCGCACGUUGUGGAAUCGGUAACCGCGAAUUAGAAGAGAAGGAACAACGACAACAACAACAACAACACGUGCCUCUGCUUAGGGUUUCCGUUAAGGAAAAAGAGAAAGUGAUGGAUGACGAGUACGACAGCGGCGGUGGCCGGAGCGCCGACAAGGCUACUCCCGCCGAAGACGAAGGAAGCACUGCUCCCAUUCCCGAGAGGAUACAGGUAGGUGGUUCUCCGUUGUACAGAUUAGACAGAAAACUUGGGAAGGGAGGGUUUGGACAGGUUUACGUAGGUAGGAGAGUUGGUGCUGGUGCCGGAGCGUUAGAGGUAGCUUUGAAGUUUGAACAUAGAAGCAGUAAGGGGUGCAAUUAUGGACCUCCAUAUGAGUGGCAAGUUUACAAUGCAUUGGGUGGUAGUCAUGGUGUUCCACGUGUUCAUUACAAGGGACGGCAAGGUGAUUACUAUGUUAUGGUUAUGGAUAUGCUUGGCCCUAGUCUGUGGGAUGUCUGGAAUAACAACUCAAACACGAUGUCUGCGGAAAUGGUGGCAUGUAUAGCAAUUGAGGCUAUCUCCAUUUUAGAGAAGAUGCAUUCUAGAGGAUAUGUGCAUGGUGAUGUAAAACCUGAGAAUUUUUUGCUUGGCACCCCGGGAACUGCUGACGAGAAAAAGCUUUUCCUGGUUGAUCUUGGAUUAGCAACCCGAUGGCGGGAUAGUUCGACUGGCCUUCAUGUUGAGUAUGAUCAACGACCAGACGUAUUUAGGGGAACAGUUCGUUAUGCUAGUGUGCAUGCUCAUCUUGGUAGAACAGGGAGCAGGAGGGAUGAUUUGGAAUCUCUUGCUUACACGUUAAUUUUCCUUCUUCGUGGUCGGUUACCUUGGCAAGGAUUCCAGGGAGAAAAUAAAGGAUUCCUUGUCUGCAAGAAAAAGAUGGCGACCUCACCAGAAGCUUUGUGUUGUGUCUGUCCUCCACCUUUUCGGCAGUUUGUGGAGUAUGUAGUGAAUUUGAAGUUUGACGAAGAGCCGAAUUAUGCUAAGUAUAUAUCACUUUUUGAUGGAAUUGUUGGUCCAAAUCCGGACUUCAGGCCCAUAAACACUGAUGGUGCACAGAAGCUUAUAUAUUUGGUUGGACAUAAGAGAGGACGAUUGACUGUGGAAGAAGAUGAUGAUGAACAACCAAAGAAGAAAGUCAGAAUGGGAAUGCCAGCAAUGCAAUGGAUUAGUGUGUACAAUGCCCGCCGACCAAUGAAGCAAAGGUACCAUUACAAUGUUGCUGAUGUGCGGCUGUCCCAACACAUUGAAAAGGGACAUGAGGAUGGGUUAUUUAUCAGCAGUGUAGCUUGUUGUUCUAACCUUUGGGCACUUAUUAUGGAUGCUGGCACUGGUUUCACUGCACAAGUUCAUGAACUCUCACCCCACUUUCUUCACAAGGAAUGGAUUAUGGAACAGUGGGAAAAUAGUUAUUACAUAAGUGCCAUAGCAGGAUCUAACAAUGGGAGCUCAUUGGUUGUAAUGUCUAAAGGGACCCAAUAUGUGCAGCAAUCCUAUAAAGUCAGUGAGUCAUUUCCAUUCAAGUGGAUCAAUAAAAAGUGGAGAGAAGGAUUUUAUGUCACUGCUAUGGCCACUGCUGGGAGUAGAUGGGCAAUUGUUAUGUCCCGUGGUGCUGGAUAUUCGGACCAGGUUGUGGAACUUGAUUUCCUGUAUCCUAGUGAAGGCAUUCAUCGCAGGUGGGACAAUGGUUACCGCAUCACUUCAACUGCAGCUACAUGGGACCAAGCUGCUUUUGUUCUUAGUGUCCCAAGAAGAAAACCGGCUGAUGAAACUCAAGAGACACUUCGCACAUCUGCCUUUCCUAGUACUCAUGUUAAGGAAAAAUGGUCAAAAAAUCUCUAUAUUGCAUCAAUAUGCUAUGGGAGAACAGUUUCAUGA